CUGGAGGAGGAGGAGAAAGAGCGCCCGCCGCAGCUGGAGCUUGCUGAGAGGGUGCUGGCGGCUGGGGCCCCGCCGACACCUCGCGAGCCAUGGCCGAAGUGGGAGAAGGAGGCGAGGACGAGAUCCAGUUCCUGCGGACCGAGGAUGAAGUGGUUCUCCAGUGCAUCGCCAAUGUCCACAAGGAGCAGCGCAAGUUCUGCUUGGCAGCCGAGGGGCUGGGCAACCGCCUGUGUUUUCUGGAACCCACUUCGGAAGCCAAGUUUGUCCCUCCAGAUCUCUGCGUCUGCAACUUUGUGCUGGAACAGUCCCUCUCUGUCAGAGCACUGCAAGAAAUGCUAGCCAACACUGUUGAAAAUGGCGGUGAAGGGGCAGCACAAGGGGGUGGUCACAGAACCCUGCUAUAUGGCCACGCAAUCCUCCUGCGUCACUCUUUCAGUGGAAUGUAUCUAACAUGUUUGACUACAUCAAGAUCCCAGACCGAUAAACUUGCUUUUGAUGUAGGUCUACGGGAGCAGGCCACAGGAGAAGCCUGUUGGUGGACCAUACAUCCCGCUUCUAAACAGAGAUCCGAAGGAGAGAAAGUUCGAAUUGGAGAUGACCUCAUCCUCGUCAGUGUAUCCUCUGAAAGAUACCUUCACCUGUCAGUAUCAAAUGGUAACAUACAAGUGGAUGCGUCCUUUAUGCAAACCCUCUGGAAUGUACAUCCUACCUGCUCAGGAAGUAGUGUUGAAGAAGGAUACCUGCUUGGUGGGCAUGUAGUACGCCUUUUCCAUGGUCACGACGAGUGUUUGACAAUACCGUCUACAGACCAGAAUGACUCCCAGCACAGGAGGAUAUUCUAUGAGGCUGGGGGAGCCGGGACAAGAGCCAGAUCUCUUUGGAGAGUGGAACCCCUACGAAUAAGCUGGAGUGGUAGUAACAUUCGCUGGGGCCAGGCUUUCCGCCUUCGCCAUCUCACCACAGGCCACUACCUGGCCUUGACAGAGGACCAAGGCCUGAUCCUGCAGGACCGGGGCAAGUCGGAUACCAAGUCCACGGCCUUCUGUUUCCGGGCAUCAAAGGAAAUCAAGGAGAAAUUGGAUUCCAGUCACAAGCGAGAUAUAGAAGGCAUGGGGGUUCCAGAAAUUAAAUAUGGAGAUUCUGUAUGCUUUGUCCAGCACAUAGCCAGUGGCCUGUGGGUGACCUACAAAGCACAAGAUGCCAAAACAUCUCGCCUGGGACCCCUGAAAAGGAAGGUUAUACUGCACCAAGAAGGACACAUGGAUGAUGGACUGACACUGCAGAGAUGCCAGUGUGAGGAGUCGCAAGCAGCACGUAUCAUCCGGAAUACAACAGCCUUAUUCAGCCAGUUCAUCAGUGGGAACAAUCGCACAACUGCCCCCAUGGCCCUGCCCAUAGAAGAAGUUCUACAGACCCUCCAGGACUUGAUUGCCUAUUUCCAGCCCCCAGAGGAGGAGAUGCGACACGAAGACAAGCAGAACAAGCUCCGUUCACUCAAAAACAGACAGAAUCUUUUCAAGGAAGAGGGAAUGCUGGCCCUCGUGUUAAAUUGCAUCGACCGCUUGAACAUUUACAACAGCGUGGCACACUUUGCAGGACUUGCUAGGGAAGAGAGUGGCAUGGCCUGGAAAGAAGUCCUGAGCCUCCUGUAUAAAUUGCUGGCUGCUCUCAUUCGUGGAAACCGAAGCAACUGUGCUCAAUUCUCCAAUAAUCUGGAUUGGCUGAUCAGCAAACUGGACAGACUAGAAUCUUCCUCAGGUAUCUUGGAAGUCUUGCACUGCAUCCUGACUGAAAGCCCAGAAGCCUUAAAUCUGAUCGCAGAGGGCCAUAUCAAGUCCAUCAUCUCCCUACUGGAUAAGCAUGGGCGGAAUCACAAGGUUCUAGACGUGCUGUGCUCUCUCUGUCUCUGCAAUGGGGUCGCAGUGAGAGCCAACCAGAAUCUCAUCUGUGACAACUUGCUGCCCCGGAGAAACCUGCUCCUGCAGACUCGACUGAUUAACGAUGUGACCAGUAUUCGGCCCAACAUCUUCCUGGGAGUGGCCGAAGGCUCUGCGCAGUACCGGAAGUGGUACUUUGAGCUGAUUAUUGACCAAGUGGAACCUUUCCUGACCGCAGAGCCCACCCACCUUCGGGUGGGCUGGGCCUCAUCUUCAGGUUAUGCCCCCUACCCUGGAGGUGGAGAAGGCUGGGGUGGUAAUGGUGUUGGUGAUGACCUGUACUCCUAUGGCUUUGAUGGACUUCACCUGUGGUCAGGCCGAAUACCCAGAGCUGUGGCCUCCAUCAACCAGCACCUCCUGAAAUCAGAUGACGUGGUGAGCUGUUGCCUGGACUUGGGAGUGCCCAGCAUCUCUUUCCGCAUCAAUGGGCAGCCGGUACAGGGGAUGUUUGAGAACUUCAAUACAGAUGGGCUCUUCUUCCCUGUGGUGAGCUUUUCAGCAGGUGUCAAAGUGCGUUUCCUGAUGGGUGGGCGUCAUGGAGAAUUUAAGUUCCUGCCUCCUUCUGGCUAUGCCCCUUGCUAUGAAGCAUUACUUCCAAAAGAGAAGAUGAGACUGGAACCUGUCAAAGAGUAUAAACGUGACGCUGAUGGUGUUAGAGACCUGCUGGGUACCACCCAGUUCCUCUCUCAAGCCUCUUUCAUCCCAUGCCCCAUAGACACCAGCCAGGUUGUUCUGCCACCUCACCUAGAGAAGAUUCGAGACAGACUUGCUGAAAACAUCCAUGAGCUUUGGGGGAUGAAUAAAAUCGAGCUUGGCUGGACUUUUGGCAAGGUACGGGAUGACAACAAAAGACAGCACCCCUGCCUUGUGGAGUUUUCAAAGCUCCCUGAAACAGAGAAGAAUUAUAACCUACAAAUGUCAACGGAAACCUUAAAAACCCUCCUGGCUCUCGGGUGCCACAUUGCCCAUGUAAAUUCAGCUGCUGAAGAGGAGCUCAAGAAGGUCAAACUUCCCAAAAACUACAUGAUGUCCAAUGGCUAUAAGCCAGCCCCAUUGGACUUAUCUGAUGUGAAGCUUCUGCCGCCUCAAGAAGUUUUAGUGGAUAAGCUUGCAGAAAAUGCACAUAAUGUCUGGGCAAAAGACAGAAUCAAACAAGGAUGGACCUACGGCAUUCAACAGGAUCUAAAGAACAAAAGGAAUCCCCGUCUCGUUCCAUAUAUGUUACUGGAUGAACGGACCAAGAAGUCAAACAGGGACAGUCUACGCGAAGCUGUUCGGACAUUCGUUGGUUAUGGGUAUACCGUUGAACCAUCGGACCAAGAACUAGCUGACCCAACUGUGGAGAAAGUCAGCAUAGACAAGAUUCGAUUUUUCCGGGUGGAGCGUUCCUAUGCAGUGAGAUCGGGAAAGUGGUACUUUGAAUUUGAGGUGGUGACUGGAGGCGACAUGCGUGUGGGCUGGGCCAGGCCAGGCUGUCGGCCUGACAUUGAACUGGGAGCUGACGACCAAGCCUUUGUGUUCGAAGGCAGCAGGGGUCAGCGUUGGCAUCAAGGAAGUGGCUACUUUGGACGGACCUGGCACCCAGGAGAUGUGGUUGGAUGUAUGAUUAACCUGGAUGAUGCAUCUAUGAUCUUCACACUGAAUGGUGAGCUGCUGAUCACCAACAAAGGCUCUGAACUUGCUUUUGCUGACUACGAGAUUGAGAACGGUUUUGUACCCAUCUGCUCUCUGGGACUCUCCCAGGUUGGCCGCAUGAACCUGGGGAUGGAUGCCAGCACCUUCAAGUUUUACACCAUGUGUGGCCUUCAGGAGGGCUUCGAGCCUUUUGCUGUCAACAUGAACCGCGAUGUGGCCAUGUGGUUCAGCAAACGCCUCCCCACCUUCAUCAACGUGCCAAGGAAUCAUCCACAUAUAGAGGUCCUGAGAAUCGAUGGUACCAUGGACAGCCCUCCAUGCCUCAAGGUGACCCACAAGACAUUUGGCACCCAGAACAGCAGUGCCAGCAUGAUCUACUGCCGCCUGAGCAUGCCGGUUGAGUGCCACUCCUCCUUCAGCCACAGCCCCUGUCUGGACAGUGACGCCUUCCAGAAGAAGAAGCAGCUUCAAGAAAUACUUUCUCAUACAACAACACAGUGCUACUACGCCAUCCGCAUCUUCGCAGGACAGGACCCGUCCUGUGUCUGGGUUGGAUGGGUGACUCCAGACUAUCACUUGUACAGCGAAAAGUUUGACCUCAGUAAAAACUGUACAGUGACUGUCACCCUGGGAGAUGAAAGAGGCCGGGUCCAUGAAAGUGUGAAGCGUAGCAAUUGCUACAUGGUCUGGGGUGGGGACAUAGUGGCCACUUCCCAGAGGUCAAGUCGGAGCAAUGUGGACUUGGAGAUCGGCUGCCUCGUGGACCUGGCAAUGGGCAUGUUGUCCUUCUCAGCCAAUGGGAGAGAACUCGGCACCUGCUACCAGGUGGAGCCCAAUACCAAAGUGUUCCCAGCAGUCUUCCUGCAGCCUACAAGCACCUCUUUAUUCCAGUUUGAACUUGGAAAGUUAAAGAAUGCAAUGCCCCUAUCAGCAGCCAUAUUUAAGAGUGAGGAGAAGAACCCAGUCCCACAAUGCCCACCUCGACUCGAUGUCCAGACCAUCCAGCCUGUGCUCUGGAGCCGCAUGCCCAAUAGCUUCCUGAAGGUGGAGACUGAGCGGGUGAGGGAGCGCCAUGGCUGGGUGGUGCAGUGCCAGGAGCCCCUGCAGAUGAUGGCGCUCCAUAUCCCUGAGGAGAACAGGUGUGUGGACAUCCUGGAGCUCUGUGAGCAGGAAGACCUGCUGCAGUUCCACUUCCACACCCUGAGGCUCUACAGUGCUGUGUGUGCCCUGGGGAACAGCCGGGUGGCCUUUGCCCUGUGCAGCCACGUGGACCUGUCCCAGCUUUUCUACACCAUUGACAACAAGUACCUCCCUGGCCUCCUGCGGGCUGGCUUCUAUGACCUGCUCAUCAGCAUCCACCUGGCCAACUCCAAGGAGAGGAAGCUGAUGAUGAAGAAUGAGUACAUCAUCCCCAUCACCAGCACUACUGGGAAAAUCCACCUCUACCCGGACAAGUCCAAGAGGCAUGGGCUACCCGGGGUGGGCCUGCGGACGUGCCUCAAACCGGGCUUCAAGUUCUCCACACCGUGCUUUGUCCUAACCGGCGAGGAGCACCAAAGACAGAGCCCUGAGAUUCCCCUGGAGAUCCUCAAAACCAAGGCACUGGGCAUGCUGACCGAAGCUGUACACUGCAGUGGCCCUCACAUCCGGGACCCUGUUGGGGGGUCUGUGGAGUUCCAGUUUGUGCCAGUGCUGAAACUCAUUGGGACUUUGCUGGUCAUGGGGGUAUUUGAUGAUGAUGAUGUUCGGCAGAUCCUGCUUCUGAUUGAUCCUUCUGUGUUUGGAGAUCACAGUGGGGAGACAGAGGAGGGAGCAGGGAAGGAAGAGGUGACACAGGAGGAGGAGAAGGCAGUGGAGGCUGGGGAGAAAGCCAACAAGGAGGCUCCCGUCAAAGGCUUGCUGCAGACCAGAUUGCCAGAGUCCGUCAAGCUACAGAUGUGUGAGCUCCUCAGCUACCUUUGCGACUGUGAGCUGCAGCACCGGGUGGAAGCCAUUGUGGCAUUUGGCGACAUUUAUGUCUCCAAGCUCCAGGCCAACCAGAAGUUCCGCUACAAUGAGCUCAUGCAGGCCCUGAAUAUGUCUGCAGCCCUGACAGCUCGCAAGACCAGGGAGUUCCGCUCCCCUCCACAGGAGCAGAUCAACAUGCUUCUUAACUUUCAACUGGGAGAGAACUGCCCCUGCCCAGAUGAGAUCCGGGGAGAGCUAUAUGACUUCCAUGAGGACCUUCUCAUUCACUGUGGCGUUCCCCUGGAGGAAGAGGAAGAAGUAGUAGAGGACACCUCUUGGACUGGAAAGCUCCGCACCUUGGUGUAUAAGAUCAAAGGCCCUCCCAGGCCAGAGAAGGAACAGCCAACGGAGGAGGAGGAGAAGAGAUGCCCUACAACACUGAAAGAGCUCAUCUCACAGACGAUGAUCCACUGGGCUCAGGAAGACCAGAUCCAGGAUGCAGAGCUGAUCCGGAUGAUGUUCAACCUGCUCCGGAGGCAGUACGACAGCAUUGGGGAAUUGCUGCAGGCACUGAGAAAGACCUACACCAUCAGCCAGGCCUCUGUGAGGGACACCAUUCACCUUCUGGCUGCUCUGGGCCAGAUUCGCUGCCUUCUCAGCGUCAGGAUGGGCAAGGAAGAGGAACUGCUCAUGAUCAAUGGGUUGGGAGACAUCAUGAAUAACAAGGUUUUCUACCAACAUCCCAACCUCAUGCGGGUCCUCGGCAUGCACGAGACAGUGAUGGAAGUGAUGGUGAACGUGCUGGGUGCUGAGAAGUCCCAGAUUGCUUUUCCAAAGAUGGUCGCCAGCUGCUGCCGCUUCCUCUGCUAUUUCUGUCGAAUUAGCCGGCAAAAUCAGAAGGCUAUGUUUGAGCACCUCAGCUACCUGCUGGAGAACAGCAGCGUGGGCCUGGCCUCCCCAUCAAUGCGGGGAUCUACGCCCUUGGAUGUGGCUGCUUCUUCAGUGAUGGACAACAAUGAGUUAGCGCUGGGCUUGGAGGAACCAGACCUGGAGAAGGUGGUGACUUACUUGGCAGGUUGUGGCCUACAGAGCUGUGCCAUGCUUCUGGCCAAAGGAUACCCUGAUGUCGGCUGGAACCCCAUUGAAGGGGAGCGUUACCUCUCCUUCCUGAGGUUUGCCGUCUUCGUCAACAGUGAAAGUGUAGAAGAAAAUGCCAGUGUGGUGGUCAAGCUGCUUAUCAGACGUCCAGAGUGCUUCGGUCCAGCCCUGCGGGGGGAAGGAGGGAAUGGCCUGCUGGCAGCCAUGCAAGGUGCUAUUAAGAUCUCUGAGAAUCCAGCCCUUGACCUCCCCUCACAGGGAUACAAGAGAGAAGUCAAAGAUAACGGUGAAGAAGAGGAGGAGAUAGUUCACAUGGGCAAUGCCAUCAUGUCAUUCUAUUCUGCUCUCAUCGAUCUGCUGGGCCGCUGUGCUCCUGAAAUGCACCUAAUUCAAACAGGAAAGGGGGAAGCCAUCAGAAUCAGGUCAAUCCUGCGCUCUUUGGUUCCCACAGAGGACUUGGUUGGGAUCAUCAGCAUCCCUCUGAAGCUACCCUCCCUGAACAAAGAUGGGUCAGUCAGUGAGCCAGACAUGGCUGCCAACUUCUGUCCUGACCACAAGGCUCCCAUGGUGCUCUUCUUGGAUCGUGUUUAUGGCAUCAAGGAUCAAACUUUUCUGCUUCAUUUGCUAGAGGUUGGAUUUCUACCUGAUUUAAGAGCCUCUGCCUCUCUAGAUACAGUUUCGCUGAGCAUCACAGAGGCUGCGCUGGCACUGAAUCGAUACCUGUGUUCUGCUGUGCUCCCACUCCUCACGAGAUGUGCCCCCCUUUUUGCUGGGACAGAGCACUACACCUCUCUGAUAGAUUCCACACUGCAGACAAUCUACAGGCUUUUCAAGGGGCGUUCCCUCACCAAAGCACAGCGGGACACCAUAGAAGAAUGUCUGCUUGCCAUCUGCAAUCACCUGAGGCCUUCCAUGUUGCAGCAACUCCUGCGACGUCUUGUUUUUGAUGUGCCACAACUUAAUGAAUACUGCAAAAUGCCUCUCAAGCUUCUGAUGAACCAUUAUGAGCAGUGCUGGAAGUACUACUGCCUUCCCUCAGGAUGGGGGAGCUAUGGCCUCGCUGUGGAGGAAGAGCUACACCUGACGGAGAAGCUUUUCUGGGGGAUCUUUGACUCCCUCUCUCAUAAGAAGUAUGAUCCAGAUCUGUUCCGAAUGGCCCUGCCUUGUCUCAGUGCCAUAGCAGGGGCAUUACCACCAGACUAUCUAGACACCAGGAUAUCAACCACACUGGAGAAACAGGUCUCAGUGGAUGCAGAUGGCAACUUUGACCCAAAGCCUAUCAACACUAUGAACUUCUCCUUACCUGAAAAACUGGAAUUCAUUGUCACAAAGUAUGCGGAACAUUCACAUGAUAAAUGGGCUUGUGACAAGAGUCAGAAUGGGUGGAAAUAUGGAAUCUCCCUGGAUGAAAAUGUAAGGACUCAUCCACUGAUUAGACCAUUCAAGACAUUAACAGAGAAGGAGAAGGAAAUUUAUCGCUGGCCAGCUCGAGAAUCCCUGAAAACCAUGCUGGCCAUGGGCUGGACUGUUGAGAGGACGAAAGAGGGAGAAGCCUUGGUCCAGCAACGUGAGAAUGAGAAACUCCGAAGCGUGUCCCAGGCCAGCCAGGGCAACAGCUACAGCCCAGCCCCGCUGGACCUCUCAAAUGUUGUGCUGUCCAGGGAGCUUCAGGGAAUGGUGGAGGUUGUGGCUGAGAACUACCACAACAUCUGGGCCAAAAAGAAGAAGCUGGAACUGGAAAGUAAAGGUGGUGGCAGUCACCCUCUUCUGGUGCCAUAUGACACCUUGACUGCCAAGGAAAAGUUCAGAGAUCGUGAAAAGGCACAAGACCUGUUCAAAUUUCUCCAGGUGAAUGGCAUCAUGGUGUCUAGGGGAACAAAGGACUUGGAGCUGGAUGCCUCCUCCAUGGAAAAGAGGUUUGCCUACAAGUUUUUGAAGAAGAUCCUGAAAUACGUUGAUUCCGCACAAGAGUUUAUUGCCCACUUGGAAGCCAUUGUCAGCAGUGGGAAAACUGAAAGGUCUCCCCAUGACCAGGAGAUCAAAUUCUUUGCCAAAGUCCUCCUCCCUCUGGUAGACCAGUACUUCACCAAUCACCGCCUCUACUUCUUGUCAUCCCCUCUGAAGCCCCUCAGCAGCAGUGGGUAUGCCUCCCAUAAGGAGAAAGAAAUGGUGGCCAGCCUGUUCUGCAAACUUGCUGCUCUUGUUAGACACAGGAUUUCCCUCUUUGGGAGCGAUUCCACCACGAUGGUGAGCUGUCUGCACAUCUUAGCUCAGACACUUGACACAAGGACGGUCAUGAAGUCGGGUUCAGAGCUGAUGAAGGCUGGGUUACGAGCAUUCUUUGAGAACGCUGCAGAAGACUUGGAGAAGACAUCCGAAAACCUGAAGCUGGGGAAGUUUACCCACUCCAGAACACAGAUCAAGGGUGUUUCUCAGAACAUCAACUACACCACAGUGGCUCUGCUCCCCAUCCUCACAUCCAUCUUCGAACAUGUUGCCCAGCAUCAGUUUGGAGUGGAUUUGCUCUUGGGUGACGUGCAGAUCUCAUGCUACCACAUACUGUGCAGCCUCUACUCCCUUGGGACAGGAAAGAACAUAUACGUUGAAAGGCAACGCCCUGCCCUUGGUGAAUGUCUGGCUUCACUGACUGCUGCCAUCCCAGUGGCCUUCCUGGAGCCCGGCCUUAACUGCUACAACCCACUGUCAGUCUUCAACACCAAAACUUCCCGGGAGAGGUCUAUUCUGGGGAUGCCAGACACUGUGGAGGAGAUGUGUCCUGAUGUCCCACAGCUGGAAGGCCUAAUGAAAGAAAUCAACACGCUGGCCGAGUCUGGGGCUCGGUACACAGAGAUGCCUCAUGUCAUCGAGGUGAUCCUGCCCAUGCUCUGCAACUACCUAUCCUACUGGUGGGAGCAGGGGCCUGAGCAUCUGCCCCCCAACACGGGGCCCUGGUGCACCAAGGUCACGUCCGAACACCUCAGUGUCAUCUUGGGCAACAUUCUGAAAAUCAUCAACAACAACCUGGGCAUUGACGAGGCCUCCUGGAUGAAGCGCAUUGCAGUGUAUGCCCAGCCAAUCAUCAGCAAAGCCAGGCCCGACCUGCUGAAAAGCCACUUCAUCCCAACUCUGGAGAAGCUGAAGAAAAAGGCUGUCAAGACAGUACAGGAGGAGGAACAGCUGAAAGCGGAUAACAAAGGAGACACUCAGGAAGCAGAACUCCUCAUCCUGGAUGAGUUUGCUGUCCUCUGCAGAGACCUCUAUGCCUUCUACCCCAUGCUUAUCCGCUAUGUGGACAACAACAGAUCUAACUGGCUCAAAAGUCCUGAUGCUGAUUCAGACCAGCUUUUCCGCAUGGUAGCCGAGGUCUUCAUCCUGUGGUGUAAAUCUCAUAACUUCAAGAGAGAAGAGCAAAAUUUUGUGAUUCAGAAUGAAAUUAACAACUUGGCAUUUUUAACUGGGGACAGCAAGAGCAAGAUGUCAAAAUCUGGAGGACAGGACCAGGAGCGGAAGAAGACAAAGCGGAGAGGAGACUUGUAUUCCAUCCAGACCUCUCUCAUCGUGGCAGCCCUUAAGAAAAUGCUGCCCAUUGGUUUGAAUAUGUGCACCCCUGGUGACCAGGAGCUGAUCUCCCUUGCAAAAGCACGCUAUAGCUACAGGGACACGGAUGAAGAGGUCAAGGAACACCUGCGGAAUAAUUUGCACUUGCAGGAGAAGUCUGAUGACCCAGCAGUAAAGUGGCAACUGAACCUCUACAAAGAUGUCUUGAAGAGUGAAGAACCUUCCAGUCCAGAAAAGACAGUGGAGCGUGUGCAGAGAAUUUCGGCAGCUGUCUUCCACCUGGAACAGGUAGAGCAGCCUUUGAGAUCCAAGAAAGCAGUUUGGCACAAACUGUUAUCAAAGCAACGGAAACGGGCUGUGGUGGCCUGUUUCAGGAUGGCUCCUCUCUACAAUCUACCCAGGCACCGCUCUAUUAACCUCUUCCUUCAUGGCUAUCAGAGAUUUUGGAUAGAAACAGAGGAGUAUUCCUUUGAAGAGAAACUAGUGCAGGAUUUGGCUAAAUCACCCAAGGUGGAAGAGGAAGAGGAAGAGGAGGAGAUGGAAAAGCAACCAGACCCCCUCCAUCAGAUCAUCCUCCAUUUCAGCCGCAAUGCUCUCACAGAAAGGAGCAAAUUGGAAGAUGACCCUUUGUAUACCUCCUAUUCCAGCAUGAUGGCCAAGAGCUGUCAGGGUGGAGAGGAGGAAGAAGAUGAGGAAGACAAGGAAAAAACAUUUGAAGAGAAAGAAAUGGAAAAGCAGAAAACUCUUUAUCAACAAGCUCGGCUGCAUGAGCGUGGGGCGGCAGAGAUGGUCCUGCAGAUGAUCAGUGCCAGCAAAGGUGAGAUGAGCCCUAUGGUGAUUGAGACUCUGAAGCUGGGGAUUGCCAUUCUGAAUGGGGGCAACGCCGGUGUGCAGCAGAAAAUGCUGGAUUACCUAAAGGAGAAAAAGGAUGCUGGAUUCUUUCAAAGCCUUUCUGGCCUUAUGCAGUCCUGCAGUGUCCUUGAUUUGAAUGCAUUUGAAAGACAAAAUAAAGCUGAAGGCCUGGGGAUGGUUACAGAAGAAGGAACACUCAUUGUUCGAGAGCGUGGUGAAAAAGUGCUCCAGAAUGAUGAGUUUACACGAGAUCUCUUUAGAUUCCUACAGUUACUCUGUGAAGGACACAACAGUGAUUUUCAGAAUUUCCUACGAACUCAGAUGGGCAACACCACCACUGUGAAUGUUAUCAUCAGCACUGUGGACUACCUUCUGCGUCUGCAGGAAUCAAUCAGUGAUUUCUACUGGUAUUAUUCAGGGAAGGACAUCAUUGACGAGUCUGGACAGCACAAUUUUUCCAAAGCCCUGGCAGUCACCAAGCAGAUUUUCAAUUCUCUUACAGAGUACAUCCAGGGCCCCUGUAUUGGGAACCAGCAGAGCCUGGCUCACAGCAGGCUGUGGGAUGCUGUGGUGGGUUUCCUCCAUGUCUUUGCCAACAUGCAGAUGAAACUCUCUCAGGAUUCCAGUCAGAUCGAGCUGCUGAAGGAACUCUUGGAUCUCCUUCAGGACAUGGUGGUGAUGCUUCUGUCCCUCCUGGAAGGAAAUGUGGUAAAUGGAACUAUUGGCAAGCAGAUGGUUGACACACUAGUAGAGUCAUCUACCAAUGUAGAAAUGAUAUUGAAGUUCUUUGACAUGUUCUUGAAACUUAAAGACCUAACCAGCUCAGAUACUUUCAAAGAAUAUGACCCAGACAGUAAAGGAAUUAUUUCCAAAAAGGAAUUCCAGAAGGCCAUGGAAGGGCAAAAACAGUACACACAGUCAGAAAUUGACUUUCUCCUCUCCUGUGCAGAAGCUGAUGAGAAUGAUAUGUUUAAUUACAUUGAUUUUGUAGACCAGUUCCAUGAGCCAGCCAAGGACAUAGGGUUUAACGUGGCAGUGUUACUGACAAAUCUUUCAGAACAUAUGCCAAAUGAUUCUCGCCUUAAGUGUCUGUUGGGGCCCGCCGAAAGUGUACUCAAUUACUUCGAACCAUAUCUAGGACGCAUUGAGAUCAUGGGUGGAGCCAAGAAAAUUGAGCGUGUUUACUUUGAGAUCAGCGAAUCCAGUCGAACUCAGUGGGAGAAGCCCCAAGUUAAGGAAUCUAAGAGGCAGUUCAUCUUUGAUGUUGUCAAUGAAGGUGGAGAACAAGAAAAGAUGGAACUAUUUGUGAACUUCUGUGAGGAUACCAUUUUUGAAAUGCAGUUAGCAUCUCAGAUCUCUGAGACUGACUUAGCAGAUAGGCCAGAAGAAGAGGAGGAAGAUGAAGUGUCUUCUUACACGUUAGACAUUGAGGGCGAGGAGGAGGACAACACAUCUUUCGAGCCUAUCUCUGCAUUUGCCAUGGCCUGCAUCUCCAUAAAGAGAAAUGUCACCCACUUUCUGAAGAAGGCAACCCUGAAGAACCUCAGGAAGCAGUACAGGAAGGUGAAGAAGAUGAGUGUGAAGGAGCUGGUGAAAGAGUUCUUCUCUUUCUUCUGGAUGUUGUUCGUGGGUCUAUUCCAAUUAUUCUUCACCAUACUGGGUAGAAUCUUUCAGAUCCUCUGGAGCACAGUGUUUGGAGGGGGCCUAGUAGAAGGGGCAAAAAACAUCAGGGUAACCAAGAUCCUGGGUGACAUGCCUGACCCAACCCAAUUUGGUAUCCAUGAUGAUGCCAUGGAGGUGGAGAGGGCAGAAGUGACGGAGCCAGGUAUCACAACUGAACUAGUACACUUUGUCAAAGGUCAAAAGGGGGAUGCAGAAAUUAUGUCAGAUCUCUUUGGAUUCCACUCAAAGAAGGAAGGUGGCUUAAAACAUGGGCCUGAAGUAGGUUUGGGUGACCUCUCUGAGAUCAUUGGCAAGGAUGAACCCCCUACCCUAGAGAGUACUGUGCAGAAGAAAAGGAAAGCGCAGGCAGCAGAGAUGAAAGCAGCACAUGAAACAGAAGGAAAAGUCGAGUCUGAGAAGGCAGACAUGGAAGAUGGGGAGAAGGAGAAUUGUGCCAAGGAAGAAAAGCAAGCUGCGGCGCUGUGGGCAGAGGCAGUAAAGAAGAAGAAGAGACGACGUGGCCAGAAAGUUGAGAAGCCUGAAGCCCUCAUGGCCAACUUUUUCAAAGGGCUGGAAAUCUAUCAAACCAAGUUACUGCAUUACCUGGCCAGAAAUUUCUACAACCUGAGGUUCCUUGCGCUGUUUGUAGCCUUUGCUAUUAACUUCAUCCUGCUCUUUUACAAGGUCACUGAAGAACCCUUAGAGGAGGAGACGGAAGAUGUUGCGAAUUUGUGGAACUCCUUCAAUGAUGAGGACGAGGAAGAAGCCAUGGUAUUCUUUGUCCUGCAGGAGAGCACGGGGUACAUGGCACCGGCACUGAGGGCCCUAGCCAUCAUCCACACUGUCAUCUCUUUAGUCUGUGUGGUGGGCUACUACUGCUUGAAGGUCCCUUUGGUGGUAUUUAAAAGGGAAAAAGAAAUUGCCCGAAAACUGGAGUUUGAUGGCCUGUAUAUCACUGAGCAGCCAUCUGAAGAUGACAUCAAAGGUCAAUGGGACCGCUUGGUCAUCAAUACACCAUCUUUUCCUAAUAACUACUGGGACAAGUUUGUCAAGAGAAAGGUGAUCAACAAGUACGGAGAUCUCUAUGGAGCAGAGCGCAUUGCCGAACUCCUGGGUUUGGACAAGAACGCCCUAGACUUUAGCCCAGUUGAAGAGACCAAAGCUGAGGCAGCCUCUCUGGUGUCAUGGUUGAGUUCCAUUGACAUGAAGUACCAUGUCUGGAAGCUGGGGGUUGUUUUUACUGACAAUUCCUUCCUCUACCUGGCAUGGUACACUACCAUGUCGGUCCUGGGUCACUACAACAACUUCUUCUUCGCUGCUCAUCUGCUGGAUAUCGCAAUGGGCUUCAAGACUCUGAGGACUAUUCUGUCAUCUGUAACUCACAAUGGCAAACAGUUGGUUCUGACUGUGGGUCUCCUGGCCGUGGUGGUUUACCUCUACACUGUGGUGGCUUUCAACUUUUUCCGCAAGUUUUACAACAAGAGUGAGGAUGACGACGAACCGGAUAUGAAGUGUGAUGACAUGAUGACGUGUUACCUAUUUCACAUGUAUGUGGGAGUGAGAGCUGGAGGCGGCAUCGGUGACGAAAUAGAAGACCCAGCUGGUGACCCUUACGAAAUGUAUCGCAUAGUCUUCGACAUUACCUUUUUCUUCUUUGUCAUUGUCAUCUUGUUGGCCAUUAUUCAAGGUCUUAUUAUUGAUGCUUUUGGAGAGCUAAGAGAUCAGCAGGAACAAGUGCGGGAAGAUAUGGAGACUAAAUGUUUCAUCUGUGGGAUUGGCAAUGACUACUUUGACACAACCCCUCAUGGUUUUGAAACACAUACAUUACAAGAGCACAACUUAGCCAACUACCUGUUCUUUCUUAUGUACUUGAUUAACAAAGAUGAAACUGAGCACACGGGUCAGGAAUCUUAUGUCUGGAAGAUGUACCAAGAAAGGUGUUGGGAUUUCUUCCCAGCGGGUGACUGUUUUCGGAAACAGUAUGAAGAUCAGCUGGGCUAAAUGAAGGCUCAACUGGAAGAAGCACGGCAAUUCUGAACAGUCCGCUUCCAGUGAAAUGAAGCUUUCCUCCUACAACAUAUUUGAAGUGUGAUAUUUUCCAAAUGCCUCCUUUUCAAGCAAGCGUGUGUUAAAACCUGUGCUGAUGUGGCUUUUUGUGCCUAAUGGGUGUACACUGUGGGAGCUAGACUGUCAAAACGUUGAAAGGAGAGGAAAAAAAAAAUGGCAAAGACUCAAGGAAUUACUAGUUGAAUGCCUUCAAGUUUUGUUUUUAGUUCUAACUAAUUUACUGGGAUGGCAUCAUUGAGGGAAGGACUGGAGACAGGAAGUUUUGAAUGCCAUGUGAGAGUAUCCCACUAGUGAUCCAGGAUCUGAACUACAAAAAACAUCAUUCUAACUACUGUCUAAUUUUUCCCAUGGUACUUGCUAGUGAAUGUAUCCAGAAUCAGCUUGAAAAGCUUUAAGCAGUUAAAAGAAAUAGAAAAAUCAAAACCCACACUUUGUCGACACUGAAAUAUCGAUUAAGUGCCUUAAAAACCUCUUUAGAUAUAUAGCUAUGCAAGUUUUUUAUGUUCCAGAUGGACAGUUACAUCAAUUAGUUCUGUUGAUCUUCUGUCUUAUUUUAUGAAACUGCACUUGAAGGUUAUUCAUAUAAUUUUGUUAUUCAGUAACAGCUUGUCAACUGCUGUUAUUAGAAGAAAAGUACUGUACUGAAAUUUCAGAAAAAAAAAUCUGUCUUAUGCCAAAAUGAGUAAUGCUUUAUGGUCCCUUGUAAGUAGUGGAGCUGCUAUAUUUAGGUGAAUCUCCUUAAAUAAAAUGAAGUGCCCACUGCAAUAAAGUAAUACACACCAA